AUGGUCAACUCUGAAAAACUUUCUGGUCUCAUUGGUGAUCCUGUUCCUGAUCCCCAUCUAUACAGAAGUCUUAUAGGGGCUUUACAAUAUGCUGUAAUUACUCGACCAGAAAUAGCAUAUGUUGUCAACAAAGUGUCCCAAUUUAUGCACAAUCCACUUGAGCCUCACUUCAAAGUUGUCAAAAAGAUUCUUCGAUAUCUUAAAGGGACUAUUGAUCACGAGCUACGCCUCAAAACCUGCUCCAAACUUGUUUUGACAGGUUUUUGUGAUGCAGAUUGGGCAUCCGAUCCUGAUGAUCGAAGAUCAACUUCGGGUUUCUGCAUUUUCUUAGGAUCAAAUCUGGUUUUGUGGAGUUCAAAGAAGUAG